AUGCCCCCAAUCCCACGAACCACCAAACAAUGGACCCUCUCCCACAAACCACACUCCCAUCUCCCCAUCCUCCCUAACACUCCUGAAUCCCUUUCCUCCGAAACACCCCCAACAUUCACCCUCACCACCACCACUCUCCCCUCCCCGGGGCCCUCCCAAGCCCUCCUCAAAACAAUCUACCUCUCCAAUGACCCCGCCCAACGCGGUUGGAUCUCCGCCACCGCCGAUCCAGCCCGUCUCUACGUCCCGCCCAUCAACGUCGGCGAAGUCAUGGGCUCGACCGGUAUCGCGGAGGUCGUUGUCUCCGGGGACGAGUCCCGCUUAAAGCCAGGGAGCAGGGUGUUUGCGCGCACCGGGUGGAGCGAGUACACCAUUGCUUCUAUUGAAGAAUGUACGGUUAUCGAGAGUUUGGAGGGCCUCAGAGAUACGGUCUUUCUGGGCUCGUUUGGUUUGCCAGGAUUGACGGCUUAUUAUGGUCUUGUGGAAGUUGUUAAGCUUGGUAAGGAGGAUACGGUUGUGGUUAGUGGGGCUGCUGGGGCCGUUGGGAGUAUGGUUGUGCAGAUUGCGAGGAGAGUUGUGGGGUGUAAGAGGAUUAUCGGCAUCGCCGGCACAGAUGAGAAAUGUCGCUGGGUUGAGAAGCUCGGCGCAGACGUGUGUAUCAACUACAAGAAGGAUACUUUUGAAGAGGAUCUCUUCCGUGAGACGGAGGGAUUCGUGGAGGUGUUCUUCGAUAACGUUGGCGGCAAGAUCCUCGAUCUCAUGCUUCUCAGAGUGAAGCGAUAUGGACGCAUUGCUGCUUGCGGCACCAUUGCAAACUACAACCGAGACGGAGAUCCGGUGGGAUUGAAGAACUUCUAUGAAGUGAUCUCCAACCGCAUCACAAUCCACGGCUUCCUCAUCUUCGAUUACUUCCCGAAGAUCGCCGAGGCCACUCAGGUUCUGGUGCAGGCAUGGAAAGACGGGAAGAUUGAGGUCGACGACGCGACGGAGACGGUCGUACAGGCGAAAUUUGAGGAUAUUCCGGCUGUGUGGGUGAAAUUGUUCGAGGGCGCGAAUACAGGGAAGUUGACUACGGAGCUUGUUUAG